GUCCUCACUCUCAGCGGCUGAAAGGAGGAAGGAGGGGUGUUAUAUCGGAAUCUACGCACUACGUGUCUGCUCCCCCCGGCCGCUUUUUGUAAUGUGGGGAGACACGCGGUGGCCUGUUGUUACUCGGCGGCAUCUGCGUGGAGGUUCACAUCCACGCCGCCCAGAUGCGUCUCCGGCGAGCGAGAGCGGCCGUCGCCUUCUCUUUUAUGUCUAUCAAGACGGGUCAAGCCAGUCCUAUGAUUGGGAAUCCAGAGGCUCCAAGCUCUGCUGGUGGCAGCUCUGUGGCAACCAAAACACCUUCCAUUCAUGUAUGGAGAAGGGGGACAUAAAAAGCCUGGCAGUGUUGUCCUGGGGUGAGGAACCUUCUUCAGCCCAAGGGUUGCAUUCCCUCCAGGCAAUCUUCUGGCAGGUGAGCAGCAGGGUCCUUCGUCCACCUGGUGGUGGUUCCAAUUUCAACUUGGGAUUUGAUUUGCCCAAAGAGCAGCAAGGAACAAGAAAGAACAAGAUGGCAUCCAGUAUCUUUGGGACUCCAGAAGAGAAUCCACCCUCCUGGGCUAGGUCAACAGCACCUAAGUCCAAUGAUGUCAAUGAAAGUUCUGAAGUACCUGAGUCACGAAGGAAAAACUCUUCUGAUGCCAACUCUGGUGACUGUGUAGACCCAAAGGGCGGAGAAGCUGAAGCUCCUGAAAACACAGAAGUUGAAAUUGAAACUGCCUCGGGCCUGAGUGAAGAAAAGCCCCUGCCGGCUGCACCUGUCCCUAGUCCAGUAACCCCAGCACCUGCACCAUCUAGGAGAAAUCCACCUGGUGGAAAGUCCAGCUUAGUCCUUGGUUAAACUUGAUCCUCUCUUGCUCCUUCUAACUACUUGGAACUCAUGUCUCUCAUCUUUGUUUUCCCUCCAUGCUUGUGAACUGCACAACUUGAGCCUGACUGUACAUCUCAAACUGUCAUUAAAGAAGCACUUUAUGUACUUCAUCUUUUUUAAAGGAAGUUUUUUUCAACUUCUGUCUUGUCUCCCUUGGGUCUACUGGAAGUGGAAUGUGUAAUUUCUUUUCCUAGUGGUAGACGUAGAGCAGUGGCAUUCCUCUGCAGCCCAUGGCUGAUGGAAAGGUUACUAAGGUAUAUAGUAGUGUAUCAUAAACUAGGCUGGUUGGUUCUGAGUGUGCUAGGUGGCAUUUUGUCAUGAAAUUUGUAGAAACCCCUUAGUGGGCUUAGAAGGGUUGAAAGUCCAGAGUUGCACAGAUCAGAAGACAGUUGACAAAUGUACUCCCUCUCACUUUCCUACCCAUUGCUGCAAAACAUACCAGUUGGUUAUCCAAGGAAUCAUGCAAUAACUGGUAAAUAUCUGAAGCCCUGUUGCGUGUUACAGAACAAUAACAGCCGUGGUGCUAGUGAUUACCAUGCUGCCUUUAACAAGAAGAAACUUGGUUCAGGCAUGACAAGAUGGGACCAGUGCCAAAUAACAGGGCUAGUGAUGUGAGAUGCUGUUCUGUUGCCCCAGUAUCAGGCCCAACCUUAAGUGAAGGUGGAACGGAUCUUAACAAAAGUAAGUAUUGGGUAGAGGAAGCUUCUCUUUAAGAGUCCAAGCGACUCUAGUGCUAUGCAUGAUCAUGCUGGUGCUUGACCAUGAGGUGAGAAUCUCAUCCUUCUAAAUGUGUGUUGUAUCUUGAUAAAGCUGGAUUGUUGCUUAAAUAAAUAAUAUAGAAAUUU